AUGAGUGUAGCGGCCGGCGGCGGCGGCAGCACGGCCCCAUCGCCUUGGCUGGCCAAGUUUGCGAGAUAUGUACAAAGCCGUGCGUGGAAGGGGAUCAAUACCCUUCCCGAGGACCAUGGGACGGAGUGGUUCAGCGACACGUCCCCAGCGGCGGUACAGCGCCGGCUGAAUGAGGCAAGGGCGAACUCGGUCGGUCUGGAUGCCUUGGCGAGACGAGAGAGCGAUGGAGGAGACAACGACGGCCUUAGCGACGGUAGUGGCGCCAGCAGCAGCGACGAGGUUAACGAGUAG